GAAAAACCUGAUUCCGAGUUAUUCGAAUAGUUACGAUUUGAAUCCGAUCAUCGCAAGAAGUGUAUACGUCUGAUCUGUGCAUUUAAUGAAAUUUUAUUAGGAAAAUAAUUUUUCAACACAAAAAAAUGAACUAAAAAUAUUAAGGUGUUUUCAUGACCGAUCUAAUAAGUCAAUGAACAAUUAAAGUGAAAUUUUAUGUAAUGGUUUGGCCAAUAAGUGAAUAAAAUGUUUCGACCGAAUUUCGUUUUUUGUUUGCGCUGCAAUGAAAUCGUCUACCAAGUUGACCGCAUCGGGCCGUUAAAGGAUUUUACAUUUUUUCAUUCAGGAUGCUUCAAAUGCAUCCACUGUGGCACAAAAUUAACGUUAAAAACCUACUUCAACAAUCAACACAAACAUGAGGACAAGGAGGUAUACUGCAGUUCCCAUGUUCCGAAAAGCGGACCCGGACAUCUCGAUCAAACGUCGGUGGGUAUUCGACAAGCUUUAAAUGUGCCCAAAACAAAUAAAUUUGUAAAUGAGCAGAUCAGAGGCCAAAGACAACCAACACCAAACGGCUAUUAUACAAACCGUGACGCAAGUUCUCCAUUACAAAAUGAUGGUGAUUAUAAAUACGGUCGUUUCGAUGCUAGUGCAUUGCAUAUCGCACAUGCAAUUAAGCAAACAGAAGUACAAAAGGCGUACAAUAAAAGAAGAGAGAAGCCAAUCGAUUAUUAUUUGGAUCGUGAAGAGCAGGCACGCUUGGAAAUGAAACAUCGCAAAGAAGAGGACGAUCUGUAUCGAAAGUUUGCCCGGAAACGUGAAGAUGAAGAACGAAAAAUCACUAACGAACUGCAGGACGAAUGGGAACGGGAAUUGGAACGACUAUCCCAUAAGUUUGAAAAAGAAUUAGCAACGUCGCGUCGAAGUCGUGAGGAUCAAAGUAUUCUUUCGCUACGACAUGCUCAGCAAAGGGAAGAUUUGGAGAAGAAUAUGACCAUUCGAAAGACGAAAAAGAAAGAGAGUCUUACAAGAAAAAUGCUGGAGCACGAACGAUCGGAAACUGCGGCGUUGGUUGAUAGACAAUCUAGUGAAAUGUUGGAAUUGAUCAGUGCUAGACGAAGUGAAUACAUGCAGAAUGAGAGUAUUUUCCUUGACGACGAAUUUGCGGAAACCUUAGGUUACCCAGACGUCGCACCACCACCAGCGCCUCCAGCUGUGAGCAAAUUUCAAAUUUACACCGAUCCGAUUGAAUUUGAAGAAGUUGAUCGAAUUGCGAUUUCGGUUGCACAAGAGGAUCAAAAGACCUUUACUGAUUUAGUGCGGCAACUGGUUGGCCGAUGCACAUCGGAUAUUGAAAAAGCACGAACAAUAUUCCGAUGGAUUACGGUUAAGAAUUUGAAUACAAUGCAUUUCGAUGACGACCUAAGAGGCGACACACCGAUGGGUUUAUUAAGAGGCAUCAAAUUCGGAACUGAAAGUUACCACGUAUUAUUCAAGCGACUUUGUAGUUAUGCAGGUCUUCAUUGCGUAGUCAUCAAAGGAUAUUCGAAAAGUGCUGGCUAUCAGCCGGGCGUCAAAUUCCAAGACUCGCGAUUCCGUAAUUCGUGGAAUGCUGUUUAUGUGGCAGGUGCAUGGCGAUUUGUGCAAUGCAAUUGGGGUGCUCGUCAUUUGGUGAAUGCUAAAGAGGCACCGAAAACGGGCCGCGCCAAAAACGAUAGUCUGCGUUACGAAUAUGACGACCAUUACUUUUUGACCGAUCCGCGGGAAUUCAUUUACGAAUUUUUCCCUCUCGUCGAAGAGUGGCAACUGCUGAAACGACCUAUCACUUUACGCGAAUUCGAAAACUUACCGUUUGUGAGAUCACUCUUCUUCCGGUAUGGUCUUCAUUUUGCUGAUGAGGGUUACGGAGCUGUUGUUUUCACAGACGAUACCGGUGCUGCUACAGUUCAAAUAGCCAUGCCAUCAGAUAUGCAAAGUUGUCUCAUCUUUCAUUACAACUUAAAGUUUUAUGACAGUGAAGAUGAUUCGUACGAUGGAGUGUCUCUGAAACGAUUCGUUAUGCAAUCGGUUAUUGGCAACAUUGUUACAUUCCGUGUACAUGCUCCAUGUUCUGGAAUCUUUUUGCUUGAUAUAUUCGCGAAUGCUGUCACGCCGCAGGAAUAUUUGAUUGGUGAACCAAUGAAGUUCAAAUCGGUCUGUAAAUUCAAAAUAUGCUGUGAAGAACUUCAAACCGUAAUGGUCCCUCUACCGGACUGUGCCAGUGGCGAAUGGGGCCCAACAAAAGCAACUCGAUUAUUCGGGCUGAUUCCAAUGGAUUCACAGGGUCCAUUGAUAUUUGCCGGAAGAGCGUUGGAGUUGCAAUUUAGAAUGUCAAGGCCACUAACUGAUUUCAUGGCAACGUUGCAAAAGAAUGGAAUCGAGGAGAAGAAACUAUCUAAAUAUGUGACGCACAGCAUAUUAGGCGACAUCGUCUCCUUUAACAUAAAUUUCCCGGAAGAAGGACAAUAUGGAUUGGACAUUUAUACGCGAGAAGUGGCCACAUACCAGCACAAUUCCUCGUCAACGGAAAAACAUUUAUUGACGCAUUGCUGUAAAUAUUUAAUUAAUUCGUCGAAACGUAAUUGAUGUUUAGCGUGUGGGGAAAUGGCAAAUUAAAUCAAUUGAAUAAUAUAGACAACGUAAUUUCCAUCUUCGUUAGAUGGAAUAAUAUUUAAACAAAAAAAAAACGAAACCGCAAUCGUCUACGUUACACCACAUUACAGUUGUGUUUGAUUUUGCAAGCACAUUAGAGAGAAAAGCAUUUUUCAACUGCCGUACAGAUAGUUCAUGACCAAAUAAUAGUAAACAACAACACCAACAACUACCACAGCUACAGGCCAUGAAAUUAAAAAU